AUGAAUUCCUCACUCGAACACGUUGAUGCCUGCGUCCCAGUCACCACAAUCCGGGCAUUCGAUUUCGGAGAUUCCAGGCUAGUACUUCUUGGCCAAGGACUAUUUGCGCGUCUUAUUGAAGAGGGAAGUGGGAAAGUCCUGACAUCUCUCAAAGUCUUCAAGAUAAGCCACCUUCACGGGUUUACGGUCCUGCGAGAUGAGCAAGAAGAGGGGCAUCGCCAUGUUAAACUUCUAGCAUGGGGAGGCCAAUCCCUGAGACUUAUUGACUUGAAGUACUCAGAGGGCAGCGCAAGGGAAUUGCCAGUCACUUCUUUGGUGGCUUCAAGUGCCGAGUACUUGGCCCCAGAUUGGGUUUCGGCUGGAUGCGCACCGAGUACCACAAAUGAUGGCAGUACGGCGUACUUCGUAACGGCGCAUAAUGCUGUCUUUGGCAUUUCUGUAGUCGAGAAUAUUUCGUCAACAUACGAGAAAGCAAUACAUGUUCGGCAACUCGUGGUGGGAGUCAAGUCUAUCUUAUAUUCCGCGCAAAUUAUCCCGAUUGCUCCUUCCCACCUCGUGGUGGCAGCUGGAACAGUCUUUGGCGAAAUAAUAGUCUGGUCAUGUUUUGUCCGCGAGAGUCAAGGCUCGGCCGCCAAUGCGGUCGGUUCGAUACACCACUUUUUCACGGGACAUGAAGGGUCUAUAUUCGACGUUGAGAUAUCCCCUGCGAUUGCUAAUCUGCACGGAGAUCGUCCUGGCAGGCUACUGGCUAGCUGUAGUGACGACCGGACCGUUAGAAUUUGGGACAUAUCAGAUUGUGAGCACGCGUCCCCGGACGAGCCAUCCGCUUAUUCCACGGAUGGCUUCGAUCUCCGGUGUACUGGCUUUGGCAAUGUGACCGACGGGAAGGAAACGAAUUCAGAAUCCUGUAUUGUCAGCGCGUUUGGCCACGGAGCUCGGAUAUGGGGAGUGGAUUUCGUUCCCCGGCAGCCUGACAAUGGAAAGCUGAGCCUGGUCUCCCGCGGGGAGGAUGCGUGUUGUUUAGUGUGGGAUCUCGCCUGGGAGCGGUCGUUGUCCCAAAAGCCAGAAUUUAAACUAACCAACACAUGCUCUCUCCGCCAACACAGCGGCAAGCAUAUCUGGUCUCUUGGGAUGUGUACCACCGGCGCGGAGACAACAGUCUACACCGGAGGAAAUGAUGGUGCCGUCCGGACUUUCAAUCUCGUCCAGGAGGCAGAAGAGUUAUUAUGUCCUAAUCGGACUACUCGCAUGGCGGUUACAUUAGGCUCGGAGGAUACCAGUGCUAGUGCUAAAGUUACCAUGAGAGCCUUCGCCUUCGUUUCUCCAGACUGUUUCCUCGCAACGACGACCGCCGGGGAAGUCCAAAUUCGUUGGGUCGAGGCUCAUAACCCUAUUGACCGACGCAUGGCUUGCGAAACUCUGUUCGUGGACGAGGAUCUUGGGUCCUAUUCCGUAAUAUCGGGUCUGCCAUCCCGAGGUGUUGCUCUCAUCGGAAGCAAGCAAGGGCUCAUUCGGUUCUACGAUCACCAAGCCAGAUCCUUCACCAAUGUGGUGACAGUGGGUCAACGGCCGGUUACUCUACACCUCUUAGACUACCAACCACAGACAUCCGACUCACCGGCGGUGAUUACUUUCCUAACAACAAACGCAACCCCUAUCACCGCCGAUUUAUUCCACGUCCACCUCUCGCCCGAUACAGAGCCUCAGGUGGAGAGAGCGACAGUGCAUUUUACACAGGGGUUUGAGGUUGCUUGUGCGUCCCUGGUCCACAACAACGACUAUCUGGCCGUCGGCUCCAGAUAUGGAUCACUGGCGGUAUACAAAAGGGUGCCAACGGGUUCUUUACAUCUGCUCAUGAAGGUUGACAGGGUCCACAGCAAGGAUGGCUUGACCAAAAUAGUGCCAUUCACUUCACUUUCUCUUGCGCCGACCGAUAGUAAAUACUUUUUGACCUGCGGACGGGAUGGAACCUACCGCGUUAACGUCUUGGAAAUAUCCGAAAGCGCCAUGUCCCUUCGCACCCUACACACUCCUACCACGCUGGGAUUCCAUCUCGAGGGCGCCUACAUUGAUAGCUCUUCGCAGGAGCUCAUGUUCUACGGAUUUGGCGGCAUGAGCUUCGUUAUCUGGAACGAAUCCACCCAUUCCGAGGUCGCAAGGAUCCACUGCGGCGGCGGCCAUCGGCGCUGGGCAUUCCAUCCGAGCAGCGAAAGGCCUGGCGAGGCUCUAGUCAUUUGGUCACAGGGUGGCUUCAAUGCAGCUCAUAUCAAUGCGCACGCCUCACGCUCAAUUCGCGCUGGCGGACAUGGAAGAGAAAUAAAGGCACUGGGGACUUUCCAACCUCCUAAUGGCGGGAGCCCUUUGCUUGUCACUGGGUCUGAGGAUACAGCGCUGCGCAUUUUCACGCCGAAACCACCACAUAGGUCAGGCCCGUGGGGAGCAUUGGAGUGUGUACGGGUUCUGACAGCACAUGACUCUGCACCACAACAUAUCGGUUGGUCGAAGGAUGGGAAAUUCCUGUUUACGAGUAGUGCUAUGGAGGACUUCUUCGUCUGGAAAAUCAGUUCAAUCCCCGUGUUUGGUUUGGCGGCGGCUCUUCAGGGGUGGUGCCCGAAAAGCAAUCCGAAUUCUGAGCUUCGAGUGACGAGUUUUGAUAUUUUGGAUGUGGAUGACGGGCAGGCUGAAGCUAGCUUCUUGCUCUGUCUGACAUAUUCCAACUCUACGAUCAAGGUCUUCCAUUUAUCAUGCGUCAACGACGACGGUUAUUUCACACUUUUGGCUAGUGGCACGUAUACGAGCAAUUGCCUCACCCAAGUACGAUUCUUACGAACCGCAUUAUCAUUAUACCUGAUAACAACCUCAACGGACGGGCACUUCACGCUCUGGGACAUAACUACAGCGUUGGAGCCAUUCUAUACAUUCAGCGAGACCCUGCGCUUGGAACAGUCCCUCAGCUCUAUCAAUAAAAUAGAGGAAAACAUUGUCUGCGAAAGCCGACACCAAAUUCACUCGAACAGCAUAAAGUCGAUAGACCUAGUUCACUUGUCCGACACCACGACACUAGUGAUCGCAGGAGGCGACGACAACGCGAUCACGCUCUCCCUCCUCUACACAGACAACAAAGACGACGAAACAAGCGGCCGCGCAGCUACAAUCUCAAUCCCAGAUGCGCACACAGCAUCUGUGAACGACGUCAAAGCGGUCGAGAAGUCUAUAACUGUGAGCGACGGGGUUAUGCAUCUCAAUAUCGCUUCUUCAGGAAACGACCACCGAGUCAAGCUCUGGCGCGUGACCAUCGAUGUGAAAGAUCGUCCGACCUUGAGCGGGAUCCAGGUGCAAAAUCUGGUUGACCGGUACAGCUCCGUGGCGGAUAUUUCGUCGCUGGAUGUUUUCCAAGACGAGGGCGAAACUAAGCUCGUUGUUUGCGGGGUCGGGAUGGAAAUGUUCACAGUGGACAUUUGA